GAAACACCCGGUCGCGUCAGCAGAUCCUCACUGACGUCCUGGAUUCAAUCCAUGCAGCAUUCAUCACUGGGCUCUACCUACUCCGCACCCCGCAAUCAUAUGGCUUUGAUUAUUUCCUCUGCUAGAUACGAUGCUAAUAAUAAUGCAGUUUGUCUCGAUCGCUCUCUGUGCCAGUUUCAUGCUCCACCAACCUCCCCACUCGCUAUCUCAGCCCGAGCUAGAUUCCUCGGUACGGCCACCCUUGUGUGUCCUUAAAGAAGACGUGGUUUGUUUUACAGACCUUCCAACACCAACAACAACAGCCAGCUGCGCGAUUUUGGCCCUUUCCCGGUCGUUUCCGAAUCGUCAAAGGCACUUGCUGCCGUGAGGAGAGGUCAUAAUGGGACCAGCCGUGACUUUUCACCGUAGGUUCUUCAGCCCCGACCGUGCUGUAAAGUCAGUCCUUGCGUUUCGA